AUCACUACCAACGUAGGAAAAUCCGGAACUCUUGUUUGUGCUGUGUUGUUGAAGUCCGGAAUCUUUUCAAUGAGAAACCCGUCUCUACUAGAAGACAUUUCAUUAAGAAACCUCAGCGGUCAUUCGGUCCAGGAGGUGUAUCUUUCUUUUAUUAUUUCUUCUUGAGAAAUGACGCUUUUUCAUUUCGGGAACUGUUUUGCCCUGGCUUAUUUUCCAUACUUCAUAACAUACAAAUGCAGUGGAUUAUCAGAAUACAAUGCAUUCUGGAGAUGUGUCCAAGCAGGGGCCACUUACCUCUUUGUACAACUAUGCAAAAUGCUGUUCCUUGCUACAUUUUUUCCUACCUGGGAAGGCGGUGCUGGUGUAUAUGACUUUGUCGGGGAAUUUAUGAAGGCCACAGUGGACAUGGCAGAUCUGCUAGGGCUUCACCUUGUCAUGUCCAGAAACGCUGGGAAGGGAGAAUACAAAAUAAUGGUAGCUGCCAUGGGCUGGGCCACAGCUGAACUGGUUAUGUCAAGGUGUAUUCCUUUAUGGGUCGGGGCUCGAGGGAUUGAGUUUGAUUGGAAAUACAUCCAAAUGAGCUUCGAUUCCAACAUCAGUUUGGUUCACUACAUCGCCAUGGCUGCAGUAGUGUGGAUGUUCACGCGGUACGACCUGCCGAAAAGUUUCCGCUUGCCAGUGACUGUGCUGUUGGGGCUCUGUGUGUACAAGGCAUUUUUAAUGGAGUUGUUUGUUCAUGUGUUUCUCCUGGGCAGCUGGACGGCUCUGUUGGUGAAAGCGGUGUUAACAGGUGCCAUCUCCCUCUGCUCGCUCUUCCUUUUCAUCACACUGGUUCACAGCAACUGAGGCUUUUCUUAUGUUGCCACACAUUCAAGUGUUUUGUAAGAAAACUCCAUAUUAAGUGUUUUGUCUGUCAAUGGGGCCAGUGAGAUGAUGUCAGUGAUGUCCGUUGUAUUUUUUAUUUGUCUUUAUAAUGAAUUAAAAUAUACAAAAAUAACCCAA